GUGAAAGGAGCACUUCCGAUCCUGGCCAUAACCCCGCGCCGGCGGCGUUAGGUCAGCCCGGUGGGGCCUUGCUCCGAAGCUCCGCCUUCGCUCAGGUCUUUCUAGAAACCCAGCUUUGCUCUCGGCGGUGCCGGACAGUUGCAGCGCCCCGGACGCGCGUGUUUGUGCCCUCCAUGGCGGAUACGACCCCGAACGGCCCCCAAGGGGCGGGCGCGGUGCAAUUCAUGAUGACCAAUAAACUGGACACAGCAAUGUGGCUUUCUCGCCUGUUCACAGUGUACUGUUCUGCUUUGUUUGUUCUGCCUCUUCUUGGGUUGCAUGAAGCAGCAAGCUUUUAUCAACGCGCUUUGCUGGCAAAUGCUCUUACCAGUGCUCUGAGGCUGCACCAAAGAUUACCGCACUUCCAGUUAAGCAGAGCAUUCCUGGCCCAAGCUUUGCUAGAGGACAGCUGCCACUACCUGCUGUAUUCACUCAUCUUUGUCAAUUCCUACCCUGUUACAAUGAGUAUUUUCCCAGUCUUGUUAUUCUCUUUGCUUCAUGCUGCCACAUACACAAAAAAGGUUCUUGAUGCAAAGGGUUCAAAUAGUAUACCUCUGCUGAGAUCCCUCUUGGACAAAUUAAGCGCCAAUCAACAGAAUAUUCUGAAAUUCAUUGCUUGUAAUGAAAUACUCUUGAUGCCUGCUACAGUUUUUAUGCUUUUUAGCGGUCAAGGAAGUUUGCUCCAGCCUUUUAUAUACUAUAGAUUUCUUACUCUCCGAUACUCUUCUCGAAGAAAUCCAUAUUGUCGGACCUUGUUUAAUGAAUUGAGGAUUAUUGUUGAACAUCUAAUAAUGAAACCCGCUUGCCCUCUGUUUGUGAGAAGACUUUGUCUCCAGAGCAUCGCCUUUAUAAGCAGAUUGGCACCAACAGUUGCGUAGUUUAAUGUCGAGCUAAGUUAUAUAUGAUAUAAGUAAGCAUUAUUAGCAACUGGUACUUCUGCCAGGGGUUGUGAAUUCCAGGUGUGAAACUGACCUCAAUCCAACUUCCAUAAUUUACAUAAUGCAUCUUAACGGAAAAAUAUUUCCCUGGCAUGUUAAAUCAAGCUUUUAUAAAACAAAAAGUUUCCAAGAAAAUUCUGUGUUGUGGUGUUAAUGGUUAAGGAAGUUUGUAUUUUGUAAUAAAUGUAUCUCUUUUUUUUUAGAUGCUACUGUGCCUUUAUCAUGUACAUUUAUUUCUCUUGUAAAAAUAGUUCUAAAAUUUAUUUCAAUCUAAUUGGUGAUCUGAAUUUAUUUAUAUCUGGCAUUAGUUCUUUAUGGUAAAUUUACAUAUGUGAAUUCAGUAUAUUUUGAGACAGUAUUCUUUUGCCAUUAUGAAUUUUGGUUGAUGAUUUUAACUGAAGCAUUUCCCACUGUAUUUGGUUUCAAAUUGUUAUUAAAUUGAUUUUGUGCUGCUUUGCUAAGACAGAUUUAUUUUGGAUGUGCCAUUAUAAAAGGAGUUCUGUAUGUGUCUUACACUAUGACCUUCUAAAAUUUUAUUUCCAUAAUUCUGUGGAUUUGAAUAUUUUUUAAAAGGCUCAACUAUAAGCUUAUUAGCCAAUUAAAUAAAUAUUUGGAAUUACCCAACCAUUUUACACCAGAGAGCAGUAGUCCUACAACUUUCCUUUCUUACCCAUUGAGUAAUAUUUCUCAGAUAGGAAAUCCUUCUUUUACAGUAUGGACACAUUAUUAGUAUAGUUUUAGAAUUGCCUAGAUCAGAUUCUUGACUACCAACUUUCUCUGUUUCUUAGGCUUGAAUUUUCAUGGACAGUUGCAGCAGUGCAGGUACCUUUUGAAAAGAAUAUAACUGAAGAUCAUAUGACUGAUACUUAGUGUCUGUUCUGAAAUGAUAAUGAAGACUAUCCUAUAGAUUAUAUACCCAGCAAAUCUUAUUGAAAGGUUAAAUGGAAAGGUUUAUAGGUAAGGCGAUUGAUUGGGAAUGCUGCCUGAGGAGGCAUUUUGGGAGAAUAGUGUACAUUUCAGUUUCAUGCUGCAUAAAUAAAAUUGGGGGAAUUGGAUGUAUUAUGCAACUGUGAUUUGAGUUGUGUAAUAUGUUAAAUCCUACUUGUUGAACUUCUAUUAACUCUAUAAAAUUUAUUUUGAUCUUUGUUGUUACAUGAUUGGAAAUGUCUAAAAUGUUGCAAAAAUUUUAGUACAGAAUAAUGUAAUGGUUUUUGUAACCAGUUUUUCUUCUGUCUGCAUGUAAUAUGGAUUCUUCAAAUACAUUCAUUGGUAACUUAUUAGUAACAUCAGGUUUUUUUGUUCAACUUUCAAAUCUAUAGGAAUGUGAUAUCUACUUGAUAGCUCAACCAUAACCAGCUCUUUUUGUAAUAUUUUCUACUAAGUUUGAGAAGCAGCCUCAUAAUAUACAGUUGAUUUUGUGUGUGUACGUGUUUGUGGCUCAUUAUCACUAUAUAUAUAAUCUUAUGAUUUCAAGAACUAAAUUUUCUAGAGCAAUAAAGUGACUAUAAUGUUAA